UGAGACUUCCUAAUCUGAUCGUCUUGUGCAUUAAUCUGCUAUCUAAAUUUGCCAUUUUCCAUUGAAAAUAUGUAUAGCUCGAGCACCUACUUGACGAUAAGACUUCGACAUAUAAAUGUGAAGUAGAUUCUCGUAGAAACCAUCUUAGAAAUGUCUUUCAAAAUGAGGGCAAUAUGGUUCUGUGUAGUGGUGACUUUUACUUUUGUGGAGUCAUCUUCGCAGAUAGGCAGCCUUCGUGGGUAUUUUUCAACCAAACCUGAAGUGAGGAUCAUUAAUGGUGAGGUCUGUAAACCUCACUGCAUGCCUUACAUCGUUGGAAUCAACUUAGAAAUGCCGUAUGGGAGCGACUUCUGCUCUGGAUCUUUAAUUUCACCGAAUUACGUCUUAACUGCAGCACACUGUCUGGAUACAGCAUUAAAGGCAGAAGUGAUAUUUGGUGCGCACAAUAUCACUGCAAAUGAACCAACGCAAGUACGUCAAAUGGUCGCAACUGAUAACUUUAUCAUUCACCCAGGGUGGGGUAAUGAUGGGCAGCUUACCCAUGACUUGGCAUUGAUCAAACUACAUCAGCCUGUCGCUGAAAAUGAAUACAUAAAAAUCGUCGAGCUAGCUUCAGGAACUGAUAGAUAUGUGAGCAGUAUAGGUAGGAUUGCUGGUUGGGGCAUGACAAGCAACGAACAGACGGUUGUCACUGCAGUUUUGAGAUACGUCGAUGGAACGAUUAUGAGUAAAAAAGCUUGUAGACUGGUUGAUUCGUCUUAUCGAAGAAUUAUCAGAGAUACACACUUAUGUUUAUCCGGAUCAUCGUCUAGAGGGAAUAUUGGCACUUGUGGUGGUGACUCUGGUGGACCUUUAGCUGUGGAUGGGGUACAAGUAGGCAUUGUUUCAUUUGGAACAUCUCAAUGUGGAAUUGGAAAACCGUCCGUCUUCACAAGAGUAUCAUCGUAUGCGGAUUGGAUCACUAGCAAUAGCGAUGUUGCUAUAAAUAAAUAAAAAGAAAUUAUUCAUUGUUUUAUUAUCAGAAAUCGGCUAAGUAAAAUAAUACCCACAGAAGGUCAAUCACUUCUGAAACUUGAAUCCUGUGC